AUGGAUGCGCAGAAUGCUGUCGAGUCCACAAGCGCGAAGCAGCCUGCUUCCCCCGACCGGGGACCCGUAGACGGCGCACCAAAGGUCACGUCGCCUGCACCCACCACCAGUAGCAAGCCGACGGCACCGUCGUCGUCGACGACCUCGCCAGCAAAGGACUCCAAACCCGCGACCGCGACGACGACGGCCACCACCACCACCACCGCCGCCGCCGCCGCCAACAACAACAACGACGAUGACGACAAUAACGACGCUACCGCCAACGACCAGGUCUCGGACGCCGAGACAAUUGUGCUGCCCGGGAAGGAUGGUGUCUCGCCCUCCAAGCCCAGGAAGCUCAUCAAGCACGAGGACAAGAGCGACGGCGAGAUCGACCGCGUCCUGCCCGCCCCCAAGAAGGUCUCCCGGGAAGCCAGAGAUGCCCGAGAUGGCGACCGUAGCACUGCUCCCGCCGAUGACGCCCCUUCGACGGCCCCGAGGAAGAAACGGCCGCUGGACAAAGAGAGCGGGAAACAUGGCUCUGAUGCACUAAGCUCCGCGCCUGCGUCUCCCCACCCUCACGCCCAGCCGCAACGUCGUCGAGAGCGCAGUUCUUCCCACCGGCGGCACCGCUCCGGCGACGCUCACUCUGGCUCCGACUCUGAUGACUCCAAACCGAGGUCCCCGAAGCUGUCCAAGGCAAAGUCAGUCGAUAGAUUACUGGCUCAGAAGCGCAAGGCUCCCAAAACAGAAUCCGACGACGACGCCGAGUCCCGCAAGGUCCGUCGACCCCGUAUUUCGGAUACGAGUCUCGAUGGCAAACCCCACAAGGACCACAGGCAAUCUUCCGCCAAGGCACAUCCGGAAAAGAUGUCAUCUACCCGCACCCGAUCCGUUUCGCCGCAUGGACGGCCUCAUCGCAGGAGCCUGUCAACACAGCUUCCCUCUCAGUCCUCAUCAGCCGGCCUCAGUUCCAAGAAGCGCCGCGUCCCCGCCCCUCUCCAGUCCACCGACUAUCAUUCCGAUGAUUCCUCCGCCAGCGGCAGUCCGCACCCUCGCAGCUCCAGGCUCAAGAGCGUGGCGACGCCUGGCACCGGCGACUCGACCAUGUCACCGGCCAAGAUCGCCCCUCACAAGAAGCACCUUGACGCGCACGGCCAGACGCUUUUUGCAAAGGCUUGUGCCAAGGGCGAGUAUGACAUGGCCAAGAUGCGCCUUGGAGAACGCCCCGAGGAUCUGAACUUCGCCGACCAUGCCGGCAACACUCCUCUUCAGGUGGCUUCGCUCAAUGGGCACGAGGACAUCGUGGAGCUCUUGAUCGGUGCUGGGUGCAACCUAGAAUGUCGGAAUGAUGUCAAAGACACUCCCCUGCUCGAUGCUGUUGAAAAUGGCCACCUAGGAGUCGUGAAGCUCCUGCUCGCUGCCGGAGUUAACCCUCGAAAAGCCAAUGCCGAAGGCCAGGAACCUCUGGAGAAAGUACCGGAUGACCUGGACAACGCCGAGGAGAUCAGGGCUGCCUUGAGGGACGCGAAGCAGAAGGUGGGGGAGCUGCGUCGGACCUCGGAAGACCAUCUGCCUCAGGAUAGUCACGAUGCGGCGUCGUCCAACGACGCCAAUAGCCCACGUCGUUCCCCAGAAGCCUCCAUUGCCGGAGUUCUCUCCGCUGCGUCACGUCGCGGAGGUACGGUGCGAUCAACAAAAACCAGCAAUCACUUGCUCUAUAUGAGCUUGGAUGAGAAGACUCUGCGCAUAGCUGCGGCACGUGGUGACCAAGAGACGGUGACGCGCAUCCUGCAGGUAAAGGAGAGCUGCGAUGAUGCGGAAGCUCUGGUUGCUGCAGCCCGUGGAGGUCACAACUUCGUUAUGGAGCUCUUACUUGCCCUGGGCGGUGCUAACCCCGAUCCGUCACCUGUUCCCUCCCUGCCUUCAGAACACAGCACACCGAUGUUGGCUGCUAUUGGUCAGGAGAACAUCAAAGUUGUUCAGCUUCUUCUGAAUCAGUCUGGCUUUGAUCCAACACGUCGCUUUAGAGGAGAGACGUAUUAUGAGAUUGCCAGGCGCCGAGAGGGUCCGAUGUGGAAAGAUGAGGAACACAUGUUGAAGAACGCCUACGAUGACUACAAGAAGUCUCACAAGAGUGCAAAGACCAAGUCUCCGUCCAGGCGAGACCGGGAACAAGCACAGGAGUCCAAGCGCGCACCUCGCACUGAGCCGGCUCAAGACAAGGUUCGGUCACAGCACAAACGGCGCCCCUCAAGUCCCACAAGGGAACCUGAUGCGAAGAAAAAGCUCAACUCGAGUAAAACUGUGACCAGCCCCAAGGAGAAAAAGCGGUCUCAGUCUUUUGGCCAAAAUGACGACCAUCAAACCUCCCCCAAGCGUGGCAGGCCAAAGAAGGAGGAUCGAGUGCCUACAAUCGCAAUUUCCGAUCGUGAGGCAUCUCCUGCUUUAUCCACAAAGUCACAUCCGAUCAAGGUCAAACGAGCCGAGUCCGACAUUGCAAACUCAUCCGAAGGCGAGGCCACCAAACCGCGAAGGAAGCUGAUCUCGGGCAAGGAUCUCAAGGGCCAGCGCGAGAAGCAACGCCGGGCUAGUAUGGUGUCGAACGUGUCCACCAAGGACGCGGCUGAACGCGGAGACACGAAGCACGACGAACCAACUGAGAAAACUCGCGCUGAGCGUUUGUCCGAGAAGUACCACGACAGAACCAAGGUUUUGAAGCGGGAUGAUUCGAAGGAUAGGCUAUCGCCUGGGGAUGGGCCUGGAAAGAGACAUCGGUCAAGCGUCACGCCAGAUCGCCACGGACUCGGUGACAAGGACGACAACGAAGCACCAGUCAAGCGCAGAAGGCUGGACGUCGAGGGCAAGGAAAAACGCGCUCAGCAGACCUCGUCGCCCGACGAUCGCCAACGCAAGCGCGAUCUCUCUCGUGAUCCUGCCAAGAAACAGAAGCAGGCUGAUACCGACCGCAAGGACUCUAUCAAAGUCAAGAAACUCAACCGUGAUCGUCGAGAAUCAGAAAGAUCCAGCCCUUCCGAGAAAGCGAGCAUCACGGUCUUCUCGGAAGACAUGGACAUCGAUAUGCGGGAUGCACCAGACGCAAAUUCUGCAGGCGAUAGCGCUGCUCAGCUCGAGCGAGAACAGGAGGACUCCAAGAAGCGCCAGGCCGAAUCGGAGGCUGCUGCCGCCGCUGCCGCCGCCGCCGAAGAGGAAGAAGCCCGUAAGAAGGCCGAAGAGAAGCAACGAGAGGAGGAGGAGAGACUGAAGCGAGAAGCAGAGGACAAACGCCAAAAAGAGGAGGCUGAGAAGAAGCGUUUGGAAGCCGAGGAGAAACUCCGCCAGGAAGAGGCAGAGCGCAAGCGGAAGGACGAAGAGGAGAAGGCUAGGUUAGAAGCUGAACGCAAGAAGCAGGAAGAGGAAGAACGAAAACAGCGCGAGGAAGCCGAACGCAAGCAAAGAGAGGAGGAGGAACGUAAGAGGCGUGAGGAAGAAGAGGCUGCUCGUCGUGAAAAGGAGGCCGCCGAAGAAGCCCGUCGGUUGCGCGAGGAGGAGGAGCGAAAGGAGCGAGAACGCAAACGAGCUGCUCGUGAAGCCGAAGCCCUGCGAAUCCGGCAGGAGCAAGAACGAGAACAAGAACGAAUUCGCCUGUCCAGGUUGCCUGCUCUACUCCGUUGGCUCGACGGCUGCCCAGAGCCAAGGCAACGAGAAUACGCCGAGCUCUUUACCGCCAUGCAAGGUGUCCGAUACGACACAAUCAAUCCCAGCGCAACCGGAAGACCUGAGGGCCGGGAGCAGUGGCUACUGAACACGCAGGUUGCGCUGCUUCUCGGCGAGAAGGACCUGACUCUUCAAAGAUACACUGGAUGGGAACGGAUCCCUGUUUCGACCAUCGCCAAAAGAGUAAUUUGGCGACUCGAGCAGGAUCGGUACGCUCUUACCGAAAGCAAACUGUAUCAUCUCGGAGAGCAGCUUUCCGACUAUUACGGAGGUGACCCGAACCGAGUUGGUUAUCAGCAGCUCGAAAAGCUCCGCGGCGAGGCAUCCAGGCUAUUUUUCGAGAUGGACAUGUUCUUUGUCAAGGAGUCCGACUUCCUUUUCAUUCUUCCCAACUUCCCGCAUCUGCGCAACGUCAGGCUUUCCAUUUGCUACCGUGAACUGCCAGAGCAUGAGUACCAACUCAACUCCUGGAGCGCGCCAGCCAAGUGGAAGCAGGAUCCAGAUGCCAGCAGACGAGAAGGUUUCGCACCACGUCAGAAGUAUUACAUCAAUGGCCAGUACGUCACCGAAGACAAACCUGGGCAUUACAAGCCGAGCACGUGUCCUUUCCCGGAACAGCGCGUGCCCCGCAGAGGCGGCCUCGUAGCUGUAGGUCCCGAAGAACCUGAUUACCCGCAAUUGUGCAUCGAGCAAGGAUUGAGCCACCUUCUUUCGGAACAGCAGAAGCUUCUGUUGAUGCAUGCUGCCCAUCUUACACCGAGAAGCAUGACCUCCAACGACACUACGGACGGUCUCAACGGCAGGCAGCGCUCACCUUCAGCUGUUUCUCCCACCUCUCGGGUGAACGGCAUCCAUGACAUUACACGAGGACCAGAGAAACCCCUUGUAAAUGGGAUCAACGGUACCGCCAGCGUGGAAGGCCAUUGA